AUGUCUUCUCAGUCUUCUAAGUUUAUUCUCGAAGUGCUUGGGGCUCCUUUCAAGAAGCUCUGUAUUGUUUCUGUUUCUUCUCUGUUGUUGACGAUUCUCUUUGUUCAUCUGAGUAAUUUUUUUCUGAAGCCAUCUGUUUCAAUGCGAUUGAGGCCUAAAAGGACUGGUUGCCGAGUUGAGUGUUUUGGAGGAUUUGAAAUACAGAAAUUUUCUAAUCUCUUUUUGUUUUUCAGAGGGGAUCUCACUUGA